UCGAAACAACAGAGAGAGAAGGGAAAGAGAGGGAGGUUGCGACCACGACGACGGCGAGUGAGACGAUCACAACAACGACCGACUUGGUGUUCACCGACGAGCGUCGCUGACCACCGUCUACCGCUAUUUGGAAUCUCCACCGCUGUAGCUACGCGAACUACACGCUUCAAAUGGACAUUGAUUCAAACAAUCCUUCAUUGAAUGGGAGUGAGGAAGUUGAAGGGGCGGAGAACAAUUUGUCAUUAAAUGAGAUUGGUGAAGUUGAAGAACCUAAGAAGGGCAUGUGUUUUAGCUCAAAGCAAGAAGUAUAUUCGUUUUAUACAAAAUAUACGAAGCACCUCGGAUUUGCUGUAGCUUAUAGAACACAGAAUAUUAGACAAGAUGGGAAAGUAAAAUACUUUGGAAUUGAAUGUACUUGGACUCGCAAGAGAACAAAACGAUCAGAAGUACACCCUCUCAAACCAUCUUUGUCAUCAUUCAUUGAAUGUAAAGCAAAGGUUAGAGCAACUCUACAAAAGGAUGGAAAAUUUAAGUUGACCACAGUUGUGCUUGAACAUACGCAUGACUUGAUUCCUAGUGACUCAUGACAUUUUGCAAUGAAUAAGAGAAUUCUUACCCCUGUGAAGAGAAGACUAGAAAUAAACGAUGAAGCAGGGAUAGGGGUGGCUAGGAAUUUUCAUUCUAUAGUUGUUGAAGCAUGGGGGUAUGAAGCAUUAACAUUUGAUGAACAAGAUGCAAGGAAUCAUAUUCAGAGUAUGAGAAAAUUGAGGCUUGGGGUAGGAGUUGCUGAAUCAGUUGCACUUUAUUUUCAUAGGAUGCAACAACAAAAUUCGAACUUCUAUUCUACAAUUGACCUCGAUAAAGAUGGUCGCAUGCGAAACUUGUUUUGGGCGGAUGCAAGGAGUAGGGCAACUUAUAAAGUAUUUGGGGAUGUGGUUUCAUUUGACACAACUUAUCUCACAAACAAGUAUGAUAUGCCAUUUGCUCCGUUUGUAGGAGUUAAUCACCAUGGGCAGUCAAUUUUGUUUGAUUGUGGGCUGUUAUCUAAUGAGAACACUGAAACAUUUGUGUGGCUAUUCAGAGAAUGGUUAAGUUGCAUGUGUAACGUUCCUCCAAAAACUAUAAUAACAGACCAGUGCAGAGCUAUGCAAAAUGCCAUUGAAGUUGUCUUUCCACAAGCUUGACAUCGUUGGUGUUUAUGGCAUAUAAUGAAAAAAAUUCCUGAGAAAUUAAGAGGAUAUGCCCAAUAUGAAUCCAACAAGUUUGCUUUGCAAAAUGCAGUUUAUGAUUGUUUUACAAAAGAUGAAUUUGAUGAAGAAUGGCAAGCGAUGAUUGCAAAGUUCAAGGUAGAUGAUAAUGAGUGGUUGGGGGUAUUAUACAGUGAGCGACAUAGGUGGAUUCCUGCCUAUGUGAAGGAUGUUUUUUGGGCUGGCAUGUCGACUACACAACGAAAUGAGAGCAUGAACGCAUUUUUUGAUGGAUAUGUGAACUCAAAGACAAUUUUAAAGCAAUUUGUUGAACAGUAUGAUAAUGCCCUGAGAAGUAAGAUUGAAAAAGAGAUGACAGCAGACUUUAAAUCUCGAAACAAAUUGUAUGAUUGCUUAACGGUAUAUGAGUUUGAGAAGCAAUUUCGUGCAGCCUACACGAAUGCAAAAUUUAAAGAAGUGCAAGUAGAAUUGAAACGACUAUUGUAUUGUCGUGCGAAUCUUGUCAAAGAGGAGGGAGCAAUUUGUACUUAUCAUGUGAAGGAGGCUGUUCUUGUUGGUGAGAAAAUGAAGACUAUGGAAUUUGUUGUGUACUUUAAUGCAAGUGAAUAUGAAUUGCAUUGUAUGUGUCGGUGGUUUGAGUUUAGGGGCAUUAUGUGUGCCCAUGCAAUUACUGUGCUACUUGAGAGGUGUAUAUAUCAGGUGCCAGAUAAAUACAUUGUAUCAAGAUGGAGAAAAGAUAUCGAAAGAGGGUACACAUGCAUUCCAACCACAUACACUAAAGCCCGGGCUGUUCUUAAUGCAAAGUUGCAUGAUAAAUACCACAAGAUGUUGGAUGAAGUCAUAGAAAUUGCUGCCAACUAUGAUGGUAAACACGAAGUACUUGAUCUUGGGUUGAUAGAAAUCAAGGAUAAAGUGAGAAAAGAUCAAUCGGGUAGUGCGAGUCAUGCACCACCUUGAACUAGUAACGUGCCACCUUCUACUAGUAAUGUACCACCUUCUCAUAGUUCGUUGAGAAGUCGGUCUGCUCGUAGUACUACAAAAGCAAGCAUGUCUCGCAAGAUGCUUAGUCCAAUGGUUGCUCGCCGAAGAGGACGUCUAUGUACCAAACGGAAGGUUAGCAAAGUGGAUCAAAUAGUGAAUCGGUUGGAAGAGAAAGAGUAAAAAGCCUCCAAAAGCACAGGGACGCACGGUUCCUCAAUGUCAGCCUCGAAAGUUAAAUUUUCCUGGUACAGAUGAUAUGCAAUACAAUACUUAUCAUGACCCGGCGACGUAAACUACACCUUACUAUUUUCCUUGCAUGGAUGGCACGCAACAGAGUAUGUAUGUACCGGCACAGUUUACUCAAAUGCAAAUGAUGGAUAAUAUUGGAGGCACAUCUCAUAUUCAAAUGAAAAUGGUGAACAACAUCAGCAGUCAAAGUUCGACAAUCGCUUCAAAUUUUGUUCACUUCAAUGUAGAUGUGGAUCCAAAUGUCCCAUUUUAUUUUUAGUUUCGCAUUGUACUUUUACUAUGAAUGAUGUUGUUUGUGGAAUGCUCCUCAGAUGAGUUUAUUUGUAGAAUACUAGGAAUGAUGUUGAAUGAUGUUCAAUUAUAAAUCGUGGCAAAUUGUAUGUUGAAUGGGGCAGAUUAAUGGUAAUAUUUUCUAUUGA